GUCUGACCGCUUAAGAUAGUAGUUCGUGUUUCCACGGGUGUACGAAAAAUUCACUAUAAUACUCUCCAGAGGAUUUAUCUAUUCAACUGAGAAGAUAAAUCACGCGCGCAUUCAAUUCGUGAUCUUUUUACCUUCAUUUAUCAUUAUCACAAAAUGAUAUGUUACCGCAAAUAGCAACAGUAUAGUAGAAAAUGCAUAGAACAAUUUUUAAUAAACUUCACCUUAUCAGUUCACUGCAUUUGUGCUCGCUGUUAUUGUGUUAAAACAUCUUACAUAGUGACUGUGGUGUGCAAGAAAAGAGAAAACACCCUGAAUUCGGAAUAUUAAAUUUAACUGUGCUUCUCUGUGAAUCAUAUAACUGAGAACCUCUCAUGUUAAAAAAAAAACUUUACAAAGUGGUCUCAAGCUUUAAUUGCACUAAUUCGUCUUUCUCUCUGUUCACCGUGGACUUUUUAUUCUGAAUAAAUUAUAAUGGAUCGUGUAUUCGGGACUGUAUUAUUGGCUGUAUUGCUCCAAUUAUGCUUCAUAGAUCACGCCGCCGGAGUGAAAUGCUACAGAUGCACAGUGGCACCGAGCGCGCGACUGAAUCACACAAUGCUGUGCGCCAAAUUCGACGAGAGCCACGAUUAUGCUGUCGAUUGUCCGUACUCAACAAUGUGCAUGAAGAAGAUUUUUAGACUGAGAUUGAUGAAUGGUCAGGAAGUUGAGACAGUAACGCGAGAUUGCGCCCAACAGAAGCGAACGGACGAAGUAUUUCGAAAUGGUCGAUGGGAGAAGGAGAGCACGAUAGAGGAGGCAUACGAAGAGGGAUGUGAAACAAUUGAGGAGAACACAAACACACAAUCCAUGACUGUUUUCUGCCAUUGUCGCGGUGCGCUGUGUAAUUCAGCGACCAAGGAAAAAUUGGGCAGUUAUCAUGUCGAUGCCAUGGCGGUCAUUCUAGUAUUCAACGCUAUGAAAUAUUUUCGGAGCAUAGAUUGAUACAAUCAAUUCAUUUAGCGCAUGAUUUAACUUAUUCUUGAUGCAUUAUUAUCAAAACUAGAAGCUAUUCAAAAUACUGCCUUAAGAUCUUUACAAGAGCAUCAUAAUAUGAAGAUAUUUAACGAUAUUAGAAAAUCACUGAAAAUAUCGUAGAACUGUCUAAACAGAUAAGAUUUGAGCUGGAUUUAUAGGCAUUUUUACAUAACAGUACUGAGAAUUGCAGAUAAAAACCGCACUUAAAUUUAUUUUUAAUGUCUGACCAUCGAAUUGCUUCUUUAUCUACUAUAUACAGAAAAAGUGAUGUGAUAGCGAAUUAAAUUAU